AAGCCCUACAUGUGCUUGGAGUGUGGGAAGUGCUUCAGGCAGAGCAGCACCCUGAUCAGCCACCAGAUGAUCCACACUGGGGAAUGGCCCUACGAGUGUGGGGAGUGUGGGAAGGGCUUCAGCUGCAGCUCAGAACUUGUCAGGCAUCAACGCAUCCACACUGGGGAGAGGCCCUACGAGUGUCCUGACUGUGGACAGGGCUUCAGCCAGGGAUCGGAGCUGGUGAUCCAUGAGCAGCUUCAUGAUGGGGAGAAGCCCUACAAGUGCUUGGAGUGUGGGAAGUGCUUCAGGUGGAGCAGCCACCUGAUCAGCCACCAGAUGAUCCACACCAGGGAAUGGGCCUACGAGUGUGGGGAAUGUGGGAAGGGCUUCAGCUACAGAUCCACCCUUGUGACCCACCAACGCAUCCACACCAGGGAGAGGCUCUAUGAAUGUCCUGAGUGUCAGAAGAGGUUUCAGACCCACUACAAUCUCCUCAGGCACCAAAGGAUUCACACCGAUGAGAGGCCCUUCCGCUGCCCCGACUGCGGGAAGGGCUUCAAGCAGAAUUCCCACCUCGUCACCCACCGGCGCAUCCACACUGGGGAGAGGCCCUUCCUCUGCCCUGAUUGCGGGAAGGGCUUCAAGCGCAAUUCUCAACUCGUCACCCACCGGCGCAUCCACGCUGGGGAGAGGCCCUAUGAGUGCCUCACCUGUCAGAAGAGGUUUCAGACCAGCUCACAUCUCUGCCUGCAUGAGCAGAUUCACAACGAGGAGAGGCCCUUCCGCUGCCAUGACUGUGGGAAGGGCUUCAAGCAAAACUUCACCCUCAUCACCCACUGGCGCAUCCACAGUGGGGAGAGGCCCUACGAGUGUCCCAAGUGUGGGAAGAGCUUCACCCACAGUUCUAAUUUAACCAGACACCAACAGAGGCACCAGUAA